UCGCUUCCGCUUCUGCAAGGGGAGGCUGCCAAGCAGUGCUUCUAGCGAGGGAGAUCCCGGAGCGUCCCGUGGCCCAUCGUGUGUGCUCGUGUUACCGGAGUCUUCCCCGCAGGUACCGAGCCUGCGACCUGGGAGGAAGCGGGGCGGCCGCGGCUUGGUCUUCUCUCUCUGGACUCUGCAUGAGGCGGCGCUGCCCGGGAUUUCUGGACCCAUCUCAGCUGCUGGGAGCCCACGGGAGAGUCUAGCAUCCCCCUGGAGCCAGGCAAGAGGAGCUGUGAUGACAGAUGGCCAGCAUCCUGAAGCCUUAAAUGCCUGCGUCCCAGAGCCCUGCCUUGCCCCAGAGAAAAGAAGAGAACAAUGACCAAGUUAAAGGAGGCAGUGACGUUCAGGGACGUGGCCGUGGUCUUCAGUGAGGAGGAGCUGGGGAUGCUGGACGCUGCCCAGAGGAAGCUGUACUGUGAUGUGAUGCUGGAGACCUUCAGGAACCUUCUGUCAGUGGGAGGCCAAGGUCCAAACAAGAUGGAGACUCUUCUUACAGCAGGAUUAAGGUGCCUCUUACUGGGGCGGCUUCCGUGCUGGCACAUGAUGAGCCGUGAUGUCAGCAAACUGGCAGGAGCGUCACGUGUGGGAGCUCCAGGUGCCAUGGUAAACACCCAAGGAAAGGGUUCUCACUUUCUGGAGCAGUGUCCCUCCACCCGCCACAGGGGAGCAGAAGGGCUACCCUGGGCCUGCAUGGAUGACAGCUGUCUUGAGAGUCUCACAGGAGAACAUUCUAGUAUUACUGAAAACCAACAAUGUCCAUCUGGGAGAACUCAGAGAACUCAGAGUUCUUGGAGUGAAACAAAUCUUAGCGAUAGACAGAACCUUUGGAGACACUGUCAACAGCCUCUGGUGAAAACCAAGUCAUGGCUGCCGCCUCCGGGUGGUGACAUUCUGGGUUGGAUGUUCCCCGGCAAUAACAAAGUGCUGCACAAAGGAGGCAAAGCCCAUAACAGCGGCGACUGCGAUAAAAUCAGUUUUGCAGUGUCGCCCUGCACCCCUCAUCUUGUUUCCACAGAGCAGAAGGCCCAGCAAUGCAGCAAGGGUGAAGAAGCCUUCAGUGGCCGCCCGAGUCUGGGACUCCAUCAGCAGGUCCUCUUAGGAAAGAAGUCCCCUGUACACAGGACACACGAGGACAGCAGGCAUAGCUCCAGUGUCUCCGCUCAACAAAAUGUUCAUCCAGGGAAAAAGCGCUACUGGUGUCACGAGUGUGGCAAAGGCUUCAGUCAGAGCUCAAAUCUGCAGACGCACCAGAGAGUUCACACGGGGGAGAAGCCCUUUACCUGCCCUGAGUGUGGGAAGAGUUUUAACCAGAGCUCGCAUCUGUAUGCGCAUCUGCCCAUCCACACGGGCGAGAAGCCCUACCGGUGUGACAACUGUGGGAAAGGCUUCAGCCGGAGUACAGACCUCAACAUCCACUGCCGAGUCCACACUGGAGAGAAACCUUACAAAUGCGAGGUGUGUGGGAAGGGCUUCACGCAGAGGUCACACCUCCAGGCCCAUGAGAGAAUCCACACAGGAGAGAAGCCUUACAAAUGUGGAGACUGUGGCAAAGGCUUCAGCUGUAGCUCGAACCUCCACACCCACCAGAGGGUCCACACCGAGGAGAAACCCUACAAGUGUGACGCGUGUGGGAAGCGCUUCAGCUUGAGCUUCAACCUGCACAGUCACCAGCGAGUCCACACAGGGGAGAAGCCCUAUAAGUGCGAGGAGUGCGGGAAAGGUUUCAGUUCAGCCUCAAGCUUCCAGAGCCACCAGCGGGUCCACACGGGAGAGAAGCCGUUUCGCUGCAGCGUGUGUGGGAAGGGCUUCAGUCAGAGCUCGUACUUUCAAGCCCACCAGAGAGUUCACACCGGGGAAAAACCGUACAAGUGUGAUGUGUGUGGGAAGCGCUUCAACUGGAGCUUGAACCUUCACAAUCACCAGAGAGUCCACACGGGAGAGAAGCCCUAUAAAUGUGAGGUGUGUGGGAAAGGCUUCAGUCAGGCCUCAAAUCUGCAGGCCCAUCAGAGUGUCCACACCGGGGAGAAGCCGUUCCAAUGCAACGCAUGCCCGAAACGGUUUAGUCAGGCCUCACACCUCCAGGCUCACCAGAGAGUUCACACAGGCGAAAAGCCCUACAAAUGCGACACGUGUGGGAAAGCCUUCAGCCAGAGGUCCAAUCUCCAGGUCCAUCAGAUCAUUCACACUGGGGAGAAGCCGUUCAAGUGUGAGGCGUGCGGGAAGGAAUUCAGCUGGAGCGCAGGACUUAGUGCUCACCAGAGGGUCCACACAGGUGAGAAACCCUACACAUGCCAGCAGUGUGGGAAAGGCUUCAGUCAGGCCUCACACUUCCACACGCACCAGAGGGUCCACACCGGGGAGAGGCCCUACAUCUGCAGCAUCUGCAGUAAGGGUUUCAGUCAGAGGUCACAUCUGGUCUACCACCAGCGGGUCCAUACCGCGGCGAAUCUGUAGGAGCCCUGUAAGACAUCUUAUCUCCCUGGAAAUCCGUGCUGCUGAUUGUCAGAAGUUCCUCAGAACCCAGAGCCUUUGAAGACUUCACAGGGGAGACGCGCUUUGUUUGGGAGAUUGAUUCUUUACAAAUGUUGUGAAUCACAGAAGGGAGAAAAAUUGCACUAUCCACGUACAGUCACCACGAACAGAAGUUGCCACCCUCGGGUUAUGACACAGCCGGGCAAACCCCAGCAUCCAUCCAGGUCUCUGAAGACAGGCUGCAGGAAGGGCUUUAACCAAAGCCGGACAUUGGCAGGUGUUGACUGAGCGUCACUUCCUCAUAGGAAAUGCUCCUCUGUAUUCUGCUAUGCAGAGCUGUGUGUGACUCAGGGCCCUAUGAUUCCUGAAGAAAGUGGAGAAGGGCUCUACAAGUAAGACUCAUGUUUGAAAACGCUAGCCAGUUCCCAACCCUGCAUUCAUACUGCUUCAUAUUCCUCAGUAAUCCUAUGAAGAGCCUUAAAUCAUCUCCCAGAAGGCACAGGGGCUUCCACACAUCUCUAGUGUGUGGCCUGUCCCAUCUAGCCAUGGUGCUUUGAACAACAUAGCAACUCUGUACUUAGGAUUUUUAGGAUUUGUACUUUAUAGACUAAAACAAAGUUUUUUUUUUUUAAAUUCUGUAUUUAUCAGACUAACAUGAACUGAAACACAUUCUUCAGAAUGUGGAAUUUUGGGCCCUGAGUUCACUGGGGAGGGUUUUUACGGUAACCAACACUGCAGAUGUUUUUCCAAAGUGUUUACUAUUGACAAAAAGGCUCUUAGUAAACGUGAAUGGUUCAUUA